ACAGGACUUUGAUCGAAAUCCUCUGAACUCUUUCUCAAGAAUUACGACAGAUUUCGAAUUUUCGUUUUCAAUGGAGAAGGGGAAGAAGAGGUUGGCCGUUCUAGUCGGGUGCAAUUACCCGAACACCCAGUACGGGCUGCAUGGGUGCAUCAACGACCUGCUUGCCAUGCGAGAGGUGCUUGUGAAACGGUUCGGGUUUGACCCGCAAAAUGUGGAGCUCCUUAUGGAUGCUCCGGGCUCUCCGGUUCUGCCCACAGGCACAAACGUUAAGGCAGCGCUCGACAGGAUGGUGGACCGGGCCGAGGCGGGAGACGUCCUGUUCUUCCACUACAGUGGACACGGGACCAGGAUUCCUCGACCGAGGCACAAGCUUCCCUUAUGGCAGGACGAAGCAAUUGUGCCCUGUGAUUUCAAUCUCAUUACCGACAUGGAUUUCCGGCAUAUGGUGAACCGGCUACCGAAAGGUUCAAGCUUCACCAUCCUGUCCGACUCAUGCCACAGCGGCGGCCUCAUCGACAAGGAGAAGGAGCAGAUCGGCCCAUACACCGCCCUCUGCGACGGCGGCGCGUCUCUCUCACACGCCCCCAGGACCAUUCCCUUCAACUCCCUCCUCCACCACCUUUCCUCACUCACGAAGAUCAACACCUCCGACAUCGGGACCCACCUCCUCGAGUGCUUCGGCUCCGAGGCCAGCCUCCGCUUCCGCAGGACACUGGAGGAGCUGGACGCCCCAAUCGACCUGCCAGUGAAGCCGGACGAGGGGAUCCUGCUGAGCGGGUGCCAGGCGGAAGAGACAUCGGCUGACAUGAGCCCCUCGGCGGCUGCAGCCGGUGGAGCGGGGAAGGCGUACGGGGCAUUCAGCAACGCGGUGCAGAUAGUGCUGAGGGAGAACGCAGGCCGGCGGCUGAGCAACAGAGAGGUGGUUGCGGCGGCGAGAGCGGUGCUGAGGGCCCAGGGAUUCGCGCAGCACCCUUGCCUCUACUGCAGCGACGAGAACGCCGAUGCCCCCUUCCUCUGGCGGCCUGAGCCUGCCGAGGAGUGAUGAACCUCACGAAAAUUAUCGAGGAGCCUACCGCUUAAUCCCGAUCCACACGAUAAAUUCUCUUAUUUUCGCAUGUUUUCCAUUGCCCGAAAUGUACUCCAAAAAUCUAUAUGAAAAUAAAAUCCGGGGCCAAUUUCAAUAUACAUCCUAUAAUUUAAGA